ACAGUGGAAAAUGACAGAGAGCUGUCUCCACAGAGAAGACACCAUAAAGAGUUCAAAUUCAGCAUGUCCCAGAUUCCAGAGGGAGAGGCCAUCACAGCUGCAGAAUUCAGGAUCUACAAGGAGUGUGUGACCAGGGCCUUCCGCAAUGAGACAUUCCUACUUAGCGUAUUCCAGGUGGUUGGGGAACAUCCAGAAAGGGAUGCCGACCUGUUUCUGCUGGAAUCUCGCAGGUUGUGGGCUGCUGAAGAAGGUUGGUUGGAGUUUGACAUCACAGCAACUAGUAAUCUCUGGGUGAUGAGUCCACAUCAUAACCUGGGUCUACAGAUCAGUGUGGAGACCAGCAGUGGCUGGAGCAUCAAUCCCAAGGAAGUGGGAUUAGUAGGUCGUGAUGGCGCUGUAGAGAGGCAGCCUUUCAUGGUGGCCUUUUUCAAAGUGAGCGAAGUCCGUCUGCGAACUGCCCGGUCAGUGGGCAAACGACGUCAACCGAACCGCAAUCGCUCCAGCAGUCCACAGGAGGCAUCAAAGGGAUCAGCUAAUACAGGUUAUCCAUAUAUAUUUUCCAUAUUGUGCACUAAGCACCUUUUCUUUUCUUUUUUUCAAAAGAAGAGAAGUUUAAUAUGCACUUAUGGUAGAAAUCAGCCAUGCAGUCUCUUUUAAUUUCUCAGAAUAUGUUGAUAGUUCGGGGAUGUUUUUGUAUCUGAUGAGUUUUAUUGAGUCCAGAUCUUCACAUAUUGUACUCUUGUAUAAUGAGAAUCUGGACUCAAUAAAUCUCUUUAAGAUCCUUUAGAGAAUUCAUUUAAAAAGCAACACAUAUGUAGGCCUGACAUCCUGUGUCUUGAUUUGAAGUCUUUCACCCAGCCCUCAGCAACAGAUUGCUGCAGUGAUUACUUAUUUUUGUAGGUUCACAUGCAAGUUAGCAUCACCCUGGCUCCCAAAUGUAUAUAUAUAUAUA